AUGUGAACGCGUUCAGCAUAUAAAUAAGUGACUAGCUGCUCUGACACAGAAACCAUUCUUACACUCACACGUUCCCUUUCUAACAGAACCAAAAUAUCCACUUUCAGUGAAACACAAACAACAAAGCAUUCAAUAAUAGUGCAGUUGUUGUUUGUCACAAAAUGGUGAGAACCCCAUCUCGUGAUAAAAGUGGAUUGAGGAAAGGUACUUGGACUCCUGAGGAAGAUAGCAAGUUAAUUGCUUAUGUCACCAGGUAUGGCAGCUGGAAUUGGCGCCAACUCCCCAGGUUUGCAGGACUUGCAAGAUGUGGGAAAAGUUGCAGAUUGAGAUGGAUGAAUUAUCUAAGGCCUAAUCUCAAAAGAGGGAACUACACUCGAGAAGAAGAAGAAUGCAUCAUCAGAAUGCACAAAAAACUUGGCAAUAGAUGGUCUGCUAUUGCGGCUGAAUUACCUGGAAGAACAGAUAACGAAAUAAAAAACCAUUGGCACACCACACUCAAGAAGAGGUCUCAACAAAACACGCUCACAAAUGAAGAAGCCAGAGCCUCCAAAUCAAAGGAUAAAGAAUCCAAGCUAGGAAGGGACUCGGUUCCUAAGAAUGGUGUUAAUGUUAGUGUCACUCUUCCAUGUACUUCCCAAAUCUCAGACAUUUCAGACUCAUUAUCGCCACUUUCAUCCUCCAGCGAGUUUUCCUCCUUAAGUUCUGAUCAUUCCACUGCAGCCAGUAUGAAAAAUUUGAUGUUUGAAGAUGACUUGGGUUUUCUGGAUUCAUUCAAUGAAAGUUUCUGGACAGAGCUAAAUCUGGAUGACAUUUCCUAUAAUGCACCGAGUGAAACAGUGUCAGGAGAUACUAACAAUGGCUCUUUUCAAAGUACAGAUUCUAGCCAGAUCCAUGAUUUUAGUGCUUUCUCUCCGAAUCAAUCAACCAGCGAAAGUUUGGUCAUAGACAAUGAUUUUGGAGGCUUUCUGGAUGCAUACGCAGAUAACUUUUGGACACAUCCAUAUGUUGCUGACAUGUCCCACGUUCCAAGCGAACUACUUGUUCCCUCCGUCUCCGUGGCAGAAUCUGAUUAUUUUCCACCAAUAUACGAUGAUCUGUGGGGUUAAAGUAGUUUGUACGAUGAAAACUUUAGCUUAUUCUAGUGAAAAAAAAUACUCAAUGUUCAGAGAUCAAUAGUUUUGAGAUAGUGUAUGAGUUGGUGAUCCGAGUUGUUAACCCGGCUAGCAUGGACCUUUAUGCUUUUGGAUAAAUCCAUAAAGGUUAAAUAUGCACUUGUAUAAGUAUAACAGUGUUGUAGUAUAGGCGUUCACUUGUAUCACUUGUACAAAUUUUUGAUAUAGUGAAUUUGCUUCUUCA